CUUUGAUUUCAAACGCUCACACUCUUCAACUUCACUGUCUACCUCCUUAUAUUCAAACCAAACCUCACUAUUCUUUCUUUACCCUUACUUUCUCUCGCCUAGGGUUUUCUCCACCAUUGACCUCACAGUCCAACGCAAAGCCUCGCCCAAUUUUUAUGGAACUAUAGAGAAGACAGUUUGAAGGUAAAAUCUUAAAGCAGAAAAUCAUCAUGGAUAAAUCAGAGGGAACUCCACAGCGGCAGCAGCAACAACAGCAGCAGCAUGUGAUGGGAGUUGCAGCAGGUGCUAACCAAAUAACCUAUUCUCAUUACCAGACUGCUCCCGUGGUGGCUGCUGGCACACCUGCUGUAGCUGUUCCUUCCCCAACACAGGCUCCUGCUGCCUUCUCUAGCUCUGCUCACCAGCUUGCUUUCCAGCAAGCCCAACAUUUCCACCAUCAACAGCAGCAGCACCAACAGCAGCAGCUGCAAAUGUUCUGGUCUAAUCAAAUGCAAGAAAUCGAUCAAACCAUUGACUUUAAAAAUCACAGUCUUCCUCUUGCUCGAAUAAAAAAGAUAAUGAAAGCUGAUGAAGAUGUCCGAAUGAUUUCAGCAGAAGCUCCAGUCAUAUUUGCAAAAGCAUGUGAAAUGUUCAUAUUAGAGUUGACAUUACGUUCUUGGAUUCACACAGAAGAGAACAAAAGGAGAACCUUACAAAAGAAUGAUAUAGCAGCUGCUAUUUCAAGAAACGAUGUAUUUGAUUUCUUGGUUGAUAUUAUUCCAAGAGACGAGUUGAAAGAGGAAGGACUUGGAAUAACCAAGGCCACUAUUCCAUUAGUGGGUUCUCCCGCUGAUAUGCCCUAUUACUAUGUCCCUCCACAGCAUCCUGCUGGACCUCCUGGGAUGAUCAUGGGAAAGCCAGUUGAUCAAGCAGCACUAUAUUCUACACAGCAGCCUCGACCUACCAUGGCUUUCAUGCCAUGGCCCCAUACACAACCCCAGCCACAGCAACCACCCCAACAGCAACAACAACAGCAGCAGCAAACAGAUUCAUGAUGAUUAUGUGCAAUUCAAUUAGGUUUGGGAAGUAGCACGCAUCUUUUGAUUACAAAUUUACUUCAUGCCUUUCGGCAGUAGUUUAGCUUAUGCAUUGAAGAAAGCCGCAGAUUGUUUGAGGAUUUUUGCACUCAUUUGUGAUUGUAUGUGCUCUCUUAACGAUUGGUGUGAUAGUUGAUUUAGUUUGCAGCUGCCCAUAACUAGUGAUCUUAGGUGCUUAAUUAGGGAGUUAAAUGUUAAAAAAUAGUUUAUUUGUAAUGUUAUAGCAGAAAGUAGGUCUGAUUCAGUAUUCCAUUUCAUUCCAAUGGCUGAAUUAUAUAUGCUUAUCUGCAUUUUUCUUGUCA